AUAAGCGAAGAACACUAAACCAUAUAAAGUUGAGUGCUUCAAACUGUAUAUAUAUCUGCGCAAGAUAUUCCGUUCUCCAUUGAGUUGCGUGAUUCUCUUCAAAGCAGUCGCAUCAAUUGUCUCUUCUCGUACCGAGCAAAAAGCAAAUCGGAAAUCGCCAAAAUGUCGCAAUCAACAUACAAAUUGUACUAUUUCGAUAUCAAGGGUUUGGCUGAGUCAAUCCGUAUUUUAUUCGCUUAUGGCGGCAUCGAAUAUGAGGAUGUUCGCAUCGCCAAAGAAGACUGGCCCGCACUCAAGCCAACAAUGCCAUUUGGUCAAAUGCCGGUCCUUGAAAUCGAUGGCAAACGCGUGUAUCAAAGCAUUUCGAUUGCUCGCUAUCUCGCCAAACAAGUCGGUUUGGCUGGUGCCGAUGACUGGGAAAAUCUUCUCAUCGAUAUCGCCGUUGACAGCGUCAACGAAUUCCGUAUGAAAUUGGCUGCUCCAUUCUACGAAAAAGAUGAAGCCGCAAAAGCCAAGAAAGUAGCUGAAAUUAAGAGUGAAGUCCUUCCAUUUUACUUGGAAAAAUUGGAAAAAAUCGCCAAAGAGAACAACGGAUACUUGGCUCUUGGAAAGUUGACUUGGGCUGACAUCUACUUCACAUCGCUGGCGGAUUUCAUUAAAUUCUCAGCUGGCACCGAUGCGCUUGCCGAUCGACCAAAUUUGCAGAAGGUCGUCGAUAAUGUUAGCAGUAUCGAAUCGAUCAAGGCUUGGUUCGAAAAGCGACCAAAAUCUGAUUAUUCUUUGGGUGAGUCAAUCCGUCUUUUGUUCGCAUACGGAGCUCAAGAAUAUGAGGACGUUCGCGUUGCCAAAGAAGAUUGGCCCGAACUAAAGCCAACAAUGCCAAUGGGUCAGAUGCCAGUACUUGAAGUAGACGGUAAGCGCGUAUCUCAAAGCAUUCCGAUUGCUCGUCAUAUCGCAAAACGUGUCGGUUUGGCUGGUGAUGAUGACUGGGAAGAACUUUUAAUCGACAGCAUUGUUGCCCACUUCAAUGAUUUCCGUUUGAAAAUUUCCGCAAUUUUUUAUGAACAUGAUGAAGAUGCCAAAGCCAAAAAAUUAGAAGCUAUCAAGAGUGAUACGUUCAUAUUGGACAAAUUGGAGAGCUUCGCCGAAGAAAAUAACGGUUAUUUGGCUCUUGGAAAGUUGACUUGGGCUGACAUCUACUUCUAUUCGUUGUUGGAUUUCAUUCAAUAUAUAGCUGGCUUCGAUAUCACUGCCGAUCGUCCUAACUUGCAAGCAGUCGUCAACAAUGUGACCAGUGUCGAGUCAAUCAAGGAAAUCGUCAAAAUGUCGCAACCAACAUACAAAUUGUACUACUUCAAUGUGAAGGCUUUGGCUGAGCCAAUCCGCAUUUUGUUAGCCUACGGUGGUAUCGACUACGAAGACAAUCGUAUCGCCAAAGAAGAUUGGCCCGCACUCAAGUCAACAAUGCCAAUGGGCCAAAUGCCAGUCGUUGAAAUCGAUGGCAAACGCGUGUAUCAAAGCAUUUCGAUUGCUCGCUAUCUCGCCAAACAAGUCGGUUUGGCUGGUGCCGAUGACUGGGAAAAUCUUCUCAUCGAUAUCGCCGUUGACAACGUCAACGACUUCCGUUCGAAAAUCGCCGCUGCUCACUACGAAGCCGACGAAACCGUCAAGGAAAAGAAAUUUGCUGAUGUGAAGAGUGAAGUCAUUCCAUUCUUUUUGGACAAAUUGGAAAGCAUUGCCGCAGAAAACAACGGCCAUUUGGCUCUUGGAAAGUUGACUUGGGCUGAUGUAUUCUUCGUUGGUGUGUUGGAUUACCUGAACUUCAUGGCUGGAUUCGAUUUGACUAGCGAUCGUCCAAACUUGCAAAAGGUUGUCGAUAAUGUUAGCAGUGUCGAAUCGAUCAAGGCUUGGCUCGAAAAGCGACCACAAACUGAUCUUUAACCACAUACACCUUGAUUUUUUUUCUGCGUUUUCAAACUCAAAUUUUCUCAUAUUUCAUUUUCGAAUAACCUUAUACGUUUGAUACCAUUAUGAAUUGUAUAACAUUUUAAAUAAAGUAAAAU